GCGCCAUUGGAGCAGGAUUUUGUGCUGAGGGGAAAAGAUCAUGAAAAAGAUGAUUGAUGGUCCUGGCACAGAAGUAGAUAGGGGACAGAUAGGGAAUGGAGAAGAGUCAGCGAUUGAGGAGACUACACGGUGUGUUUGUGGGUUUCAGGAUGCUCAGAACGAAGAGUCUACGGAGAGGAAUCUGUAUAUACAGUGCGAUCAUUGUUUAGUUUGGCAGCAUGGGGCAUGUGUUGGUUUUGGAGAUGAAAAGAGUAUUCCAGAGAUUUAUUAUUGUGAAAUAUGUCGACCGGAUUUACAUCAAGUUACGUAUAAAGCAAAAGCACCGCCGACAUCUAAAUAUAAUGAGUCAUCGGAAGAUUUAAAAUCGGAAUGGAAAAGUUUUCCGUUGAAAAAACGAUGGACGAUGAAUUCUAGGGAUGCUAUGUAUGAUAGUUCGUUACCGGAAGUUCCUCAGAAAAUAUAUGUAGAAAAGGCAUCAUCGGAGCCAAUUGUAGGUAGUGAAAAGGAAAGUGAUUUAUCGAAUAAGAAGAAACGGCGAAGAAAUUCCGAUCUUCCUGAAUUAUCUAGCUAUCAUGAAGUGAAGCGUAUUCGAGGAUUAUCUGUUUCUUCGCGAAUAUCUUUAAAUACGCAAUCCAAUGAUUGGGAGGAAGAACAAACAACAGUUAUGAAAAAACGUAAAAGAAUGAAUAUGGGAAUUGAAGUACGCAAAGUUUCGGCGAAAGGUCGUCAGGGUGAAAAUAAAAAUAAAACAAAAACAAAUGAAAAAAAGAUGAAAAAUGUCUCCGAUGAUAAUUUAGAUAUCGUAUCGAAUUCUUCUAAAACGAAGCAGGCAUCAUUAAAAAUAAAUGCUCAAAGUAAUACAAAUCAACCACCUCUUAUAGAACAAAAACCUCGAUCUAAGGCAAAGCUAAAAAAAACAUCUACCAUACGACAUCAACAUGAUACACGUCAAUCACAAAUUCAAAAAGAUUCAGAACAAACUUUUUCGAAUGUAUUAAAUAUAAUAGACAAGCCUUCUCGUCCUCGAAUUCCUCAAGCAAAAAUAACAAUGGUUGAAAUGAAAAAACGUGUAGCUGCCAUUCUUGAAUAUAUAAGUCGAACACAGAUAGAAAUGAUAUCGGAUGAAGAAUAUCAGAGAAAAUUAUUCGUUCCAUUAUUGGAAAAAAUAGACAAGGAAAUGAAGGAUAAAAAAGAAAAUUUUCCAGAGUUAGAUAAAAAGAAAAUAACUAACUCUGACAAUGGCAAAAAUAACGUUGAAGCUUCGUCUAAUUUAAAAACAGUAAAUGGUAUAUUUCAGUAUAAUUUUGAUAGUUUUGAAAUGAUGGAAAAUUUGACUAAACAAUUGCUUGAAUGGGAAGAAAGAUUUGGAAGUUAUAGAGAUAAAAAUUCAUAAAAAUAACAAUUUUGAUUAUCAAAACGUGUUAUACAAAAUUCUUUGU